UCUAAAUAUUAAAAAAGUUAUUUGUAAAAUUGUCUGUCAGAUUGUCUUACCAUAUUUUUAAAGUAGUAUAUAUAUAUAUAUUUAUCUCAGCUGCUGAACACCAAGCCUACAACAAUGUUGGAGUUGACAUGGUGCCAGAUGCUGAAUCCCAGCCCCUACAUCAGUCAAUACUUAUAUCCUCUCUUCAGAGCUUCCAGUGAUGAAGAGCUGGUCUAUCACAUGACUUUUGGUGUCAUCAUCUAUGCUCUGAUUGUUUUAUUUCUGCCUAUGGCUGCUCCAUAUGGACGCUACAGAAGCACUCGCUUUGGAUUUGGUUUACCUGCCAAGCUUGCUUGGGUGGUGCAGGAGUGCCCUGCAUUUUUGAUGCCCUUCUUUAUGGUUAUCACUACACAGCGUUCUAACUAUCACACUGUCACCAACCAAAUUUGUAUGGGGCUUUUCAUCAUUCAUUAUUUUCAAAGGUCCUUUGUGUAUGCAUUGCUUGUGCCGAGCAAAAACUCAGUUCCUUUCUUGCCAUUUGUUUCUGCUUUUUUUACAUGUCUUCUAUUUGGAACACUGCAAGGCGUUUAUUUUGUCAACUUCUACAAAUAUGAUGACUCGGUGUGGUUAAAGAAGCCUUAUUUCUGGAUAGGUUGUGCUCUUUAUUUAUAUGGGAUGCGGCUGAAUGUGGGAUCAGAUAGUGUGCUACGAAAACUUCGCAGUUGUGGAAACUCUGAUUACAAAAUCCCACGAGGUGGCAUGUUUGAGAAGGUCUCCUGUGCCAACUACCUAGGAGAGGUGCUCGAGAUGUGGGGCUACGCAAUAUCUUCAUGUGCACCUCCUGCUUUCGCCCACGCACUCUUCACCACUUGCUUCCUGACGCGCCGAGCGUUGCAGCAUCACCAAUGGUACCUAAAAAAGUUUGACGACUAUCCCACUGAUCGUAAGGCCAUCUUCCCAUAUCUCCUCUGACGAAUUGAAUGGAUAAUCAACAAGGACGAUCAGUUGAACUCAAACGCUGAGUGGUUGAGGACAGUAAGAUGGAGGUUCGAACAGGAUGAUUAAAAAUCGGCAAUAGGUCAACAUAUUUUAAUCAUAGCUGACUACACUAUAUUAUAUUAGCAGGCCUCCUUAGUGCGGCUUAGUAGCGGCAAUCUAUUUCACUUAUGACAUUUUUUUUAAGAGAAGACUGCAGCCAAUGUUCACUUGUGGGCUGUUUGUGUCGAUGCAAGCAUUACAUGUGACAUCAGUUAUUUCUUUCUCUAAAUUGGUCGAGCGUCCACAAAUAUCAAUUCUAUUUUAUGCAAAUAAACCUGACAAAUAUUUUCUUCCUUAUAUGUGUACUUUGAAAAUUCUGUAAUUUCACAAGAGACAGGUUGAUGGGAAAGAUGAAAAUUUUCUGUCAGAAUAAUGAUUUGCAUUUCACCUUCAAGUAUAAACUUGCAUUAAUUCUAUCUAUGAUUAAUUUUCGAGUAAAUUUCAGGCUGAUCGGCCGUCUCAGGAAAUACGUGUAGAACUAAGUUAUUGCUGGGUAAAUAUUUGUUUACUUGCGUUUACUCAAUUUUUAGUACAAAUCUGAACGCUGCCGGGCUACAAAUCUCGGGCUGCCGCAUAGUUAUUAGUAGCACCUUACACGGAGCCUUUACUACAUUUCUAUGUCACAAAGUACACCUGGAGAAUUUAUUUUUGUCGUUAUAUUAUAAUCAACUAUUUUCAUAUUGAUUUCUUGGAUUGAUCAUUUCGUUAUUAUAUUCAAAGUAGAAAUUAAACAAUGAUGGCAUUUAUUUCACGUUGAGCAGUCAGCAUUCUUCUUUCAUCGUUGUUAGCAAUUAGCAACAUAUAUCCUGCAAGUGACUAAUACUAGUAUUUCCAGAUCGUUGUUUUAUGCGCAAAUUUACCAUCUUAUUUUAUUAGUUAUAUAUUUACAUAUAGAAGCCCACCCAAUUAUUUCGAUGUGAGAAAUCAAGGGAAGGACAUUCAUGUUUCUGGUGACCGAUUUAUACCGUCAAUAAUGGUGCCAUCCUGUCACCAUGCUGUGGUGCAUCUUAACAAUGAUUAUCCUCACAUUAUGUUUUAUUGUUAUUCAAUAUUGUAAUGUUUUAUUCUUAUUCAAUAUUGUUAUGUUUUAAUGUUAUUCAAUAUUGUGACUUAAGUCAUCGGUACGUUCAUCUCAUCUGCCAUGGCUGUGCAAUAAAAUUAUGGCGAAUAUCAA